UCACACAUGCACAGGCAGUGAGGAGAUAGAGGCUGAGAGCAGAAGGAGCUGGGCGGCAGGAGAGAAGCAGGAGGAGGGCUGUUCGCCGAUUGAACAAAGCCAGGGGGGAAAGGAGUGCGCAGCGCCGGGGAGAGGCAGCAGCAGCCGUGAGAUGCCUGGAAGGGAGCCCGCCGGCCACUCCUGCAGAGACCCCAAGGUGUUGAGCUUCAGCUGAGGAUGGCAGGAGAUUCUCGAAUCCUCAUGGACCACAACAUGGAGAUAGGAGUCACUCCUGCACAGGUGAAGAAGCUUCCCAAACACCUGCGGGAGGCCCAGAUCUCGACGGAGCGAACCCACCUGAUUUCUGACCCGACGAAGAAGCCACGUCAGCGGUACGUGCAGAAGGACGGCAAGUGCAACGUCCAUCACGGCAACGUGCAAGAGACUUACCGUUACCUCAGUGACUUGUUCACCACGCUGGUGGAUCUACGCUGGCGUCUCAGUCUCUUCAUCUUCACGCUGGUCUACAUUGUCAACUGGCUUUUCUUCGGCUUCCUGUGGUGGCUGAUAGCGCUCAUCCGCGGCGAUCUGGUGCAUGGCGACGAGGAGGGCUGGACCCCGUGCGUGGAGAACCUCAACAGCUUUGUCUCGGCCUUCCUCUUCUCCAUCGAAACAGAGACCACCAUCGGGUACGGUUACCGCGUGAUCACCGAAAAAUGCCCCGAAGGCAUCAUACUGCUUUUGGUGCAGGCCAUCUUGGGCUCGAUUGUUAACGCCAUGAUGGUGGGCUGCAUGUUUGUCAAGAUCUCGCAGCCAAAGAACCGCGCAGAGACCCUCAUGUUCUCGCACAAGGCUGUCAUUUCGGUGCGGGACAACAAGAUGUGCCUGAUGUUUCGUGUGGGGGACCUGAGGAACUCUCACAUCGUGGAGGCGUCGAUCCGCGCGAAGCUAAUCCGCUCGCAGCAGACCAAGGAGGGGGAGUUCAUCCCGCUGAACCAGACGGACAUCAACAUCGGCUUUGACACGGGCGACGACCGGCUGUUCCUGGUGUCGCCGCUCAUCAUCUCUCACGAGAUCAACGAGAAGAGCCCCUUCUGGGAGAUGUCCCUGGCACAAAUGGAGAAGGAGGAGUUCGAGAUCGUGGUUAUCCUCGAGGGAAUGGUGGAGGCCACAGGGAUGACGUGUCAGGCGCGGAGUUCCUACCUGGACACGGAGGUGCUUUGGGGCUACCGCUUCACCCCGGUUCUCUCGUUGGAGAAGGGCUUCUACGAGGUAGACUACAACAACUUCCACGAGGUCUACGAGACCAACACCCCCAUCUGCAGCGCCAAGGAGCUGGGUGCUAAGCUUCGGGAGGGGCCGCUAUUGCCUCAGCUUUCGCUCCUCAGCCCCGAACCUAACAUUCACACGUUUGACCCCCUCGACCGCCUGUCCAAACAGGACCCACUAAGCCAGGACGAGGACACGGAGGAGAGAGAUUCGGACAUUCGGGGAGAGACUAACGGCUUAGCUGCUGCUUUAGAGGAUCCGCCCUUUGCUGAUGGAAUGCCUGACUGAUUUGUCACUUCAGCUGAAAACCCAGAAAAGACUGGACGGGAAAGGACGGGACAGUAUCACGCUUCAUUUAGCCAAUGGCCAGCUUGUUCCAUUGCAGUACUUGGAGAUUGCAAAGACAUCCAUCUCCAGCGCCCGACUCAUGCAAUACGCCUAUACUAGGGUGUCAAUCUAUAGUAUAGAUUGGUUUUGUAGUCACGUAAGGAAAACGCAUACCGUUCACAGACACACACGUACAAUAUCUACAGUAUAUCUACACUUUAAGGCUGGUGGUUCAGGUUGUCUUUUUAUAAUCGUAACGACCACUUACUGCUAUUACCGCUCAAGUUGUAUAACUUUAACUUGAGCUCAAACUGGUAGCCAUGACGAGAGUACCAUGGGGCUUAUUAUGGAUACUCCAAUAUCCUCAAUUUAGAGUGUGUUUAAUUCACUUCUUCAUUUAAGCAGAGUCUCAUAACUCGACUAAUGUGUCAGGCAAGCAGCUUCUGCGUGCUCACGGAACCCUUGUUACGGAUCAUUUCUAAAAAAAGAAAAAUUUUAAAAAUGCGGGGAGAUGAUUAUUUCCUUUCGCUGUCAGUGUCGUUAUUAUUCUGUCUCUGAAAGCCCAUUCACCUAGGAGGGAGUAUAUAAGGCCUCUAUAGUUCGCAUAUGCAAGAGAAGAUGUAGGAACGCUGUUCUAUAAAAGGCAACCACAA